AUGAAGGUAAAAGCCUUAACGAUAUUCUUGGCAUCAUCAUAUCUUUGUUCUUGCUAUAUUAUAAGAGAAGAUGGCCAGAGUGGCUAUGUUCAGAUGGAGAAAGAAAAAGCUGGACUGGAUAAACAGAUAAUGAUAAAAGCAAAGCAAAGAUCUUCAGACGGAUUUCAAGAAGUCUCCUCCGAGGGAAAUAUGAACGAAGAAASAGCAGCAACUAAAAGCUUAAUAAAUGGAUUAAACAUGAAGAAAAUUAAGACAAACUACAUUUUUGCUUCGAGAAAAAAAACUUUCGAAUAUCAAACUAUCAAAUCACAUUUGCAAGAAGAAAAAUGUAAAAGUGAUUCAAUCGCUUUAAAGCAUAUGGAAGUCAGGAAUCAGGCAAGACAGCCAUUCUUUGAAAGACGAAGACAUGGAGAGCGGCAGCGAAGGGAUGCUAAAUCCGUACCCGAUAUCAAGAACUGUACCUCUAAGUUUGUGUCAUGCAAGGACAGAUGUAUGAAUGAACGAGAUGCAGGAGGAACACAAAAACUACGCUGUUCAUGUGACCCGUAUUGUGACUAUUUCAAGGACUGUUGUGCAGACUAUGUUCAAUACUGUCUUCGACAGCGAUCAAGCAACACCACUAAAACAGCCAUGAAAGUACCAGAAGAACAAUGGACAUGCAGGUCUGGUAUCUGGAUGAUUGCUUCAUGUCCACAAAGCUGGUCCAACCAAGAUAUCAACCAGUCAUGUAUCAACAAAAGAUUGACUGCUGAUAAUUACAAAGAUGUUCUUCCAGUAGUUACAGCUGACAACAAAACCUAUGCAAACCGAUUCUGUGCUCAGUGCCAUAGACAAAACUUGGAAAUGAUCACGGGACUCGUAGAAAACAUUGAAUUUGGAUGUUUGUUUGCUCCACCAAGUCAGACAACGAAUCAAGAGAAAAUAAAGUUUAUGUUUGAACACUGCAAAAAAGUUUCGCUUAACUUUAAAAAAGAUAAAUCUAAAAGACUUUGUUUUGAAUCUAUAGCAAAAUGCAACAAUUUUACGUCACCAGAGGAAACGAGAAUCCAAUGUUUGAAGCAGCAAUACGGACUUGUGUAUGAAGCAAAGACAAAAAAAAUGUUCAAAAAUGCUUAUUGUGCUUUAUGCAAUAACGCAGUGCUCUUGAGUUGUGGUCCAUUUCCCAUACGCGAAAAAAAUAAGAAAUUCAUACCAUCCUCAACAGCAACUGCCUUUUCCGUCAUUAUGGACAUCGGAGGAGAAACUUCCAAUCCGCUCAAGCUAUCGGAAACGCUAUCUUGUCCUAGAGGGAAAGUUUACGACGUCUAUCUAGAAACAUGUCGUCAAGGACAAAAACUUGUGCCGUUUGUUUCAAGCUUAAAAAUAUACAGCAUCGCGAUGUGGAUAAAAAUCAAGACAAACCAUAGCGCCAUUCCUGACAUUUUGCACAAGUUUGACUUUUCAAGAUCUUUUUUGUCAAGCUUAGGGCUUAGCUUUACACGAAUAUCUAUGUUCGAGGUAGAAGUGAUUGAUUUGGAUAAUGACCUGAUUAAAGUUGAGUUUCAGAUAGACUUAACAGGUUAUGCAAAUAAUCAGAAUACAACUUCGAAAACCACUACCAGCCUCCUAUUAGAUUCAUCCAGUUCAUUUCAACUGCAAAUUGGUAAUGUCACUUUCAUUGUUAUAAAAGUUGCUACCAAACCCCUAACAUGUGUCCAGACAGACACCUAUCCUACUCAUGAAUAUCAUGUCAUUCCAGGUCAAACAGCAUCCAUUUACAUCAACAAAACGGGUGAAGUGUUGGGUGCUAAGGAAUAUUUCACAAACAAUCUGACAAUAAUCAAGGGAACGCAAGUACCAGUGGGACAAAUCGUUGUAUGYAGACACAUGCCAUCAGCCAAUUGUUCUGGCAUGUACAUCUUUCUACAGAUACACGAGUAUACCAUUUUCCUUAAUCGAUCAGUGUUACACAAGGCUUCAGGUCAUUUGCAUGAACAUGGUACCUAUACGUGGAGAAAUGGAACAAUCAUGAUCUGUACGAACUUUACAGCAACUUAUAAACGAGAAUCACAGUCAAGAACUGCCAAUGACCACAAGGCGUUGACAAUCCUGACUUAUAUUGGGCAGUUUUCAAGAUGA